UAAAAUAGAAAAAUAUAAUAUAAUUCAUUGCAAAACCAGGCACGUGCAUACUUUGUAAGGAAAAUUUCAUGGAGAGCCAUUUGUGGCUUGUUAGAGACUUCAUUGAUUUUCUCUUGUCAAAAAACCACAUUGAAUUUAUUGACCGAAUACAUAGUUCUUAGAUAUAUAUAUUGACAAUGGAUGCAGAUUUAUACGAUGAAUUUGGGAAUUAUAUUGGACCAGACUUAGCUUCUGAAAGUGAAGAUGAAAAUGAGUAUAGGAAUGCAGGAGAGGAUGGUGAAGAUCGAGAUCGCUCAGAUGAAGAAAUGGAGGAGGAUAAGGAUGAGUCUCGAGACCAUCCCGAACAAGCCAAUAUGACUGUUGUCUUGCAUGAGGACAAACGAUAUUAUCCAAGUGCAUUGGAGGUCUAUGGUCCUGAUGUUGAGACUCUCGUCCAAGAGGAAGAUGCCCAGCCUUUGGAUAAACCUCUGAUUGCUGCAACGAGGAAACCAAAAUUUCAGAUAAAACAGCAGCAACUUCCAGAUACAACAUACAGCAUUGAAUUUUUGUCCGAUAUGAUGGACGCUCCACAUUUAAUUCGAAACAUUGUGCUUCUUGGCCACCUUCAUCAUGGAAAAACGACACUCGUAGAUUGCCUUGUCCGGCAAACACAUCCUUACAUGCAUAGUGUCACAGAUGAGAAACCUCUCAGAUAUACAGACACUUUAUUCACAGAGCAACAACGAGGCGUAUCUACGAAAGCAACCCCAGUUACACUACUUUUGCAAGAUGUGAAAUCUAAAUCGUACUUACUAAAUAUAUUCGACACUCCAGGACACGUGAACUUUUCUGAUGAAGCUACGGCUGGCAUCCGAAUGUCUGAUGGUGCAGUCUUGAUAGUGGAUGCUGCUGAAGGUGUGAUGCUAAACACUGAAAGAUUACUAAAACACGCCUUACAGGAAAGGCUCGCUUUAACAGUGUGCAUUAACAAGAUAGGUGGUAUACCCUCCAACUCUGUAACGCCACGUUACAACACAUCAGGAAGAUAUGGCGUUCCUUAUCAACAGAGUACACAGAAAAACUGGUUGAGAGCAUGCCGAGAAGAUGCCAGGCCAUCCUCGAUGACAAUGGGGAUUGGACAAUAUAUUAAAUAAGUCCGCUGUGUAGGUUCUUGAAAG